UCCAUAGGCGGUCCCUCGUGGAUCAGACCCGCAACCGAGCCUCUUAUAAAUCUCAACUCCGUCCUCCAUUGCUACUCUUCAAAGGAUCCUUCUAGCAGAUCUCUACGUCGGUCGAAUAAUUAAUUGAGUUUUUGUCAUUCUGAUUAUCGCCAAUGGGUGAGAAAGUUCAGGGAGAGAAGAAUGAGGGGGAGAAGAAACCCGCCGACAAGAAAGACGAUGGCAAAGCCACCGCCGUUUUCAAGAUGGAAAUGCAUUGCGAGGGCUGCGCCAAGAAAGUCAGAAGAGCCGUUCGUAGUCUCGAUGGUGUUGAAGAUGUGAAGACAGAUUGUGCGGCAAACAAAUUGACGGUAACGGGGAAAGCGGACCCCGCGGCCAUCAAGGAGAGGCUGGAGCAGAAAACAAAGAAGAAGGUGGAGCUCGUCUCUCCGCAGCCAAAGAAAGAUGGCGGUGGGGAUAAGAAGCCGGAGGAGAAAUCGGAGAAGAAGGAAGAGAAGAAGGAAGAGAAGAAACCCCCCAAAGAGAGUUCUGUGGUUAUGAAGAUCAGACUGCAUUGUGAAGGUUGCAUCCAUAAAAUAAAGAAGAUCAUACUGAAGUUCAACGGAGUUGAGAAGGCGGAGGUAGAUGCGGGGAAGGAUCUGGUGACGGCGAAGGGCACCAUGGACGUGAAGGAAUUGGUUGCCUACCUCAAAGAGAAGCUGAAAAGGAACAUCGAGGUCGUCCCGCCCAAGAAAGACGAAGGCGGAGAUAAGAAAGCAAAAGAAGCCGGCGGAGGUGGCGACAAGAAAGAGAAAGAAGCCGGCGGAGGUGGCGAGAAGAAAGAGAAAGAAGCUGGAGGAGGAGGAGGUGGCGACGGUGGAAAGAAAGAGGAAGGUGGUGGGACAAAGGUGGAGGUGAGCAAGAUGGAGUACCAUGGAUACCCGUAUGGAGCUCCCAUGCACUACUGGCAAGAGGGACAAUCGUCGUCAUACGCUCAGAGUUACCCGAUGAUGGACGUUCAACAUCAUCAAGGAUAUGGGGUUGUAAAUCAUGCGUAUGCGAACCAAGGGUAUGCGAAUCAAGGAUCCGUAGAUCAUCAAGGAUAUGGUGUUGUAAAUCAGGGAUACAUGGUGCCGGCGAACCACCCGAUGUAUGCGCCGCAGAUGUUCAGCGACGAGAAUCCCAAUGCUUGUUCCAUCAUGUGAGUGAGAUAGCAAUCGAAACCCAGAUCCCCCAAAACUCCAAAAACCAAAACCCGUAGACGAAGUCGGAGUAUAUACUGUAUACUGAGACAAGAAAAGUAAAAAAAAAAAUAUAUAUAUAUAUAUUAUGGAAUUUUAAUUAGCUUAAUGGAUGGGGGUAUGGUAGCCGGCUGGUUUGGGUUGUUGGGUUAGGUUGUUGGUCGUUCUUUUGUUAUUGUCAUCGUCUAAAUUUUGUACUAAUUUUUUAGAGUAGUCGAAUGUAAUAAAAAAGUAUAUAGUAUAUAAAUACUCAA